AUGUCCACCUCUCUACGCGAAAAUCAGCUCAUUAUUCGAGCAUGUAUUCUCUACGAAGCUCUCGACAAGAAGCCGAUUCAAGAAUCGUACAAAAAUUUCUGUAGAAAAGUGGGGAAAGACGUCAUGACAUUUUAUGAAUUCGAUUUUUGGUAUUGGAGAUUUUACCACGGAAAUCACGAUUUGCAUUAUGAUAGAAGCUUCGACCCAGCUCCCUCUCCCAUGUCGGACAUGCCCAUCAAUGUGAUUCAAAAAAUUGUAGGCUACGUGGAUUCCAUCGACACAUUGGCCCUGAUGAAGGUAUCGCGAAAAUUUCGAAAAAUUGCACAGAAGAGCGAUGUUAGAAUUGAAGAUCUUUCUGUGAUGUAUCAGGAAGAUGAAGAAUGUUGUGAAGUUGUCUCAAAUUGGCGUCAUAAAAUCACUUACGCACGGGAUAGUUACAGUUGUAGGAUUACUUAUCAAAAUGGAGAAGACGAAAGAAAGGAAAAAUUUGUCGGAGGAGAGAAUUAUGUAGAGUUGUGCAACAAUGAUCUCAAGUUAUUGAUGGAAAAUCGAACGGUUCAAUUGAAAACUUUUAGUUUCACAGUUUUUGAAUCAGAAGAAGAAGGCAAUGGAUUCCGCGAGAAUCGCAUCAAGGAUAUCACGAAAAUUCUAAACUCCACAAAGAGCUUGAUGACAAAAACUAUAAAAUCGACGAAUCUAUCGUUUCCGGAAUUCGCUUCUCUGCUUUCAAUCUUCCCGGCUAAGAAUCUGCAAAAAAUAAUUUUCGAAGCGGGAUUUCAACCUACACAUUUUGGAUACAAGCAGCUCGUCAGAAUGAAUCAAUGGAAGAUGGCUAAGGAGUUUCAUGGAGAUUGAUCACUUUUUGAAUUUCGAUAGUUUUGACGUCAAAUUAUUGAGAUUCGGUUCAGGAGAUGCAAUUAAAUUACGAGAUAUGAUUGAAAAUUCUCCCGAUUUCAAGGAAGCUCGAAUCGCUGCGAAGUAUAUGGAUCACGAUAGAGAGGACGGAACAUUUUUGUUCGACGAUGCAUAUGAUGAAGAUUCUGAAUAUGAAGACCGCGAAACUAGCUAUACAACACAUGACAAGAGAGUAUUUCACGUCACCAUUCGCGAAAAUAUGUUAUUCAUUAGUAAAUCUGACUUGAAACCGGGUUUCAACUUUUAA